CCGCCCAGGUCCUGGAGCGCCUGCUGGUAUUCCUCGGCCUAGUCCCUGCAGCGUCUGAGCCUAGGAUCUCGCUCCGCCAUGGGCACUGCGAGCUCCUCUCCGCUCGCUCGCCUCGGACUCCCCACACCGCUCCUCCCCGCGCCGUCCCGAUCCAAGUGGCUCGGGGUCGCCGCACUGGGCCUGACCGCGGUGGCACUGGGGGCCAUGGCCUGGCGCCACGCGCGUCCCAAGCGGCGCCGGCGGCUGCAGCAGGUGGGCACCGUAGCACAGCUGUGGAUCUACCCGAUCAAGUCCUGCAAGGGGGUGGCGGUGAAUGCGGCGGAAUGCACCCUCAUGGGGCUGCGCAGCGGCCACCUGCGGGACAGGUUCUGGCUGGUGAUUAAGGAGGAUGGACACACGGUUACUGCCCGGCAGGAGCCUCGCCUUGUACUGGUCUCCAUCACCUAUGAGAAAAACUGCCUGAUCUUCAAUGCUCCAGGCAUGGAGCAGCUCGUGUUACCCAGCAAGCCGCCCUCAAUGAACAGCAUUCAUGACUGCAGAAUAUUUGGUAUGGACAUCCAAGGCAGAGACUGUGGCGAUGAGGUGGCUCAGUGGUUCACCAGCUUCCUGAAAACUGAACCAUACAGGUUGGUCCAGUUUGAUAUGAAGAUGAAAGCAAGAGCAUCAAAGAACCUAUUCCCUGUGCCUGUACCGAAAUACCAGGUGGCCUAUCCAGACUCCAGCCCGCUCAUGAUCCUCUCGGAAGCCUCCCUGGCAGAUUUGAAUACCAGGCUGGAGAAGAAAAUCAAAAUGGAGCAAUUCAGGCCAAACAUCGUGGUGAAAGGCUGUGAGGCCUUUGAGGAGGACACCUGGGACGAACUCUUAAUUGGGGGAGUAGAAAUGAGAAAGGUGUUGGCUUGCCCCAGGUGCAUCAUGACCACAGUGGACCCAGAUACAGGAGUCAUUGACAGGAAGGAGCCCCUGGAAACCCUGAAGAGUUACCGUCUGUGUGAGCCCUCUGAGCAUCACAUAUACAAGACAUCCCCACUUUUUGGAGUGUAUUUUUCAGUGGAAAAAAUAGGAAGCCUGCAAGUGGGGGACCCCGUGUAUCGGAUGGUGUAGUAACAGAUCCUGUCUGGACAGUUGGCA